CUAAACUGGUGAAUGAGGUGUGAAGUAAUAGUAACAUUUUCUCCAGUUAAUAUCACAUUGACUUUGUGUUUUAUGAAUCCUUCAGAGAAAGUCCAAGAUUUCCUCAGGACGACGUCUUGGGUUGAAGAUCAAGAUGCUAAACAUAGCCCAGGAGAUGCUCACGGCGGAGAAGGAAGAAAAGAAGAAAGAGAGGGAGGUCGCACUGAGUGAGAGGAUUCCACCUUUAAAGCUCUCAGGUCUCUCUCCGAAGGAACUGCAGGAUCUUUGCAAGGAUCUGCAUCACAAGAUUGACGUAAUUGAUGAGGAGCGCUACGACAUUGGAGUUAAGGUGGCCAAAAAUGACAAAGAGAGAGAAGAAAUGACCCGGAAAAUCAUCGAGCUGAAGGGCAAGAUGAAGAGGCCUACGCUGAAGAGAGUGAAGAUCUCGGCCGAGGCUAUGCUCAGCGUCCUCUUGGGUUCCAAACACAAAGAGUCCAUCGACUUCAAAGCCAAUCUGAAGACAGUAAAGAAGGAGGAGGAGAAGAAAGAGGAGGUGACUGACUGGCGUAAGAACGUGGAGGCCAUGUCUGGUAUGGAGGGCAGGAAGAAGCUGUUCGAUGCUGGACACUAAAAGGUCAACUCAGUGAUAAACUCGCUAUUUAGUGACAGCUACUGAUGGUCAGCGAUGGAAAAAAUUGCUGAAAAGUUUGAAGAGCUUAAGUACUGACUUCUACUGUGAUGUGAAAUUUAUUAUGAUUCAUUUUUCCUUGCCUUAUUUUCUAAGGCAUGCUUGGGCUGAAUAGCAUGUCCGUAUAAUUAUUUGUAUAAGCACGUAUGUAUAAGCUGUAUAAUUGGAAUUUUAUAUAGAGACCUCUUAAAAGUAGAAAUUUAUGUGUGUGUGCUGCUGUUCUGUAGCAUCUGAUAUCUUACACUGUAUCAGAGUAAACUAGACACUGCAGUUCCGGUUUCAACCUAACGAUGGUGGCCUAAACCCACUGAGUAAAUCCUGCAGCAUGUUAGAGUCUGAGGUCAAUCACUGGUCUGUUAAGAAGCUAAAUUAGUAGUAACUGAAUAACGUCAGCUUUUAAUGUAAGAAACUGUAACACUUCUCAUAACAUCGAAUGUUAAUGUUCAGGACUAAAUAAAAGUGUGUAACUAAACUUGCAAUUAAAAUCCCCUGCUUUUACAUGUGUUUCUAUACGUUUUAUUUACUCUUUAAUAUCUACAAACUUUGGUUUUGCUCAUCCACCUAUACUUGUGUGUGAACAUCUUUGUUUAUUCUGAUCAGUUCAUUGCUAUUUUGCUCACCCUUCCUCCAGUGAACUUCUGUCCAGGUCAUUAUUCAUGAGGCAGGACAUUCACAGACCUGGCACUACAGAAUUUCGGAGCUAGAACAGUAGGUACCAAGGCUAUUUUAGUGGCCCACUCAUAAGGGCUUCAGACUCUAUAAAUAUGCCUCCUUUCUUUGUUCGCCACUCUGAAGUCAUCCGUCUGUCCUCUGGAAGCGAAUACAAACAAAACAAGAGGUAGACAUCAUGUCUGAGGCUGGGUGAGUAUUUCCAUAUAAUUGCUGUGUUUUGUGUAUUUACUACAAUUUUUAUGUUUUUAACUAUCUAUCUAUCUAUCUAUCUAUCUAUCUAUCUAUCUAUCUAUCUAUCUAUCUAUCUAUCUAUCU